UAGUGCAUGCUGUGGGAAACCUGGCAAGGCUGUGGUGUUUGCCGCUGCUGCACGAACCAUAAUUCUGUAUCAAAAGCAGCCUAUACCGGGCUCAGGCAGAUAAGCCAGUCGCACUGUAUAGAUUGUGCUGAAGGGAAUGGCUGAGGUCUAAGGAAUUCAAGGCAUUUGUACAGCGAACAAGCCAGCCUAUAUUGCAAAGUGUCUCUGAGAGGAGGUUCGGGUUCCCAGGGGGUGCUCUGUACUAAAGGGGACACCAGACACCCCUGGAUCAAUUGAAGAGCAAGUUACAGAGAUCUAAGUGAUUACCUUCUCUCAAAAUCCUGUUCUGAACAUUGAAGAUGGAUUAUCCCAAAAUGGAUUAUUUUCUGGAUGUCGAGUCGGCUCACAGACUCCUGGAUGUGGAGUCAGCACAGAGAUUCUUCUACAGCCAAGGAGCUCAAGCUCGCCGGGCGACCCUGCUCCUGCCUCCCACAUUAAUGGCGGCUUCUUCGGAGGAUGACAUAGACCGGCGGCCCAUCAGAAGAGUCCGCUCCAAGAGCGACACGCCAUAUCUCGCAGAGGCCAGGAUCUCCUUUAACCUGGGGGCAGCUGAGGAAGUGGAAAGGCUGGCGGCCAUGCGCUCUGACUCGUUGGUCCCAGGUACGCACACCCCGCCCAUCCGGAGGAGGAGUAAGUUUGCCAACCUGGGAAGGAUUUUCAAGCCUUGGAAAUGGAGGAAGAAGAAAAGCGAAAAGUUCAAGCACACGUCAGCAGCUCUGGAAAGGAAGAUAUCGAUGAGGCAGAGCAGAGAGGAGCUGAUCAAGCGAGGGGUCUUGAAGGAGAUCUACGAUAAAGAUGGAGAGCUCUCUAUAUCAAAUGAAGAUGACUCCCUCACAAACGGCCAGUCCCUGAGCUCCAGCCAGCUCUCUUUGCCUGCUCUGUCGGAAAUGGAGCCUGUCCCAAUGCCCAGGGACCCCUGCUCAUAUGAGGUGCUCCAAGCUUCAGACAUUAUGGAUGGACCAGAUCCUGGCGCCCCCGUGAAAUUGCCUUGUCUGCCAGUGAAACUGUCGCCUCCGCUACCUCCAAAGAAAGUCCUGAUCUGCAUGCCUGUAGGGGGCCCAGAGCUCUCCCUGGCAUCCUACGCAGCCCAGAAGAGCAGCCAGCAGGCUGUGGCCCAGCACCACCACACCGUCCUGCCAUCCCAGAUGCAGCACCAGCUGCAGUAUGGCAGCCACGGCCAGCAUCUCCCGUCCUCCACCGGCACCUUACCCAUGCACCCCUCGGGCUGCAGGAUGAUCGAUGAGCUGAACAAGACACUUGCUAUGACCAUGCAGAGGCUGGAAAGCUCCGAGCAACGCGUCCCCUGCUCUACUUCUUACCACAGCUCUGGUUUGCACUCAAGUGACGGCGUCACAAAAGCAGGACCCUUGGGCCUUCCGGAAAUAAGACAAGUGCCAACUGUUGUGAUUGAAUGUGACGACAAUAAGGAAAAUGUGCCUCAUGAACCCGACUAUGAAGACUCGUCCUGCCUGUAUGCACGGGAAGAGGAGGAAGAGGAGGAGGACGAAGAUGACGACGCCUCCUUGUACACCAGCUCACUGGCCAUGAAGGUCUGCAGGAAGGACUCCUUAGCCAUCAAACUGAGCAACAGGCCCUCCAAGCGAGAGCUAGAGGAAAAGAAUAUCCUUCCCAGGCAGACGGACGAGGAACGGCUGGAACUCAGACAACAGAUCGGCACCAAGCUCACCAGGCGGCUAAGCCAAAGACCCACUGCAGAGGAACUGGAGCAGAGGAACAUUCUGAAACCUCGGAAUGAACAAGAGGAGCAGGAGGAGAAGCGGGAAAUAAAGAGGAGGCUGACUCGCAAGCUCAGCCAAAGACCCACGGUGGAAGAACUCCGGGAGAGGAAGAUCCUUAUUCGUUUCAGUGACUAUGUGGAGGUGGCAGACGCCCAAGACUAUGACCGAAGGGCAGACAAGCCAUGGACCCGCCUCACCGCUGCAGACAAAGCCGCCAUUCGGAAGGAACUCAAUGAGUUUAAAAGUACCGAAAUGGAAGUCCACGAGUUAAGUAGACACCUAACCAGGUUUCAUCGACCUUAACAGUGGGAUUACUCUUGAGUGCUCUGCUGUCUUCAAAACAUAAAUUUCUAAGAACCAUAAGUGCUGACGUCUGUCCACUUCCCCGUCACCAUGUAAAUCCGAACUGCCUUUUUUAAAAAAAAAAAAAAAGAAAAAAGAAAGAAGGAAAGAAAAAAAGAGAGAAAAGAAAGAAGAAGAAGAAGAAGAAGGAACGAAAGGAAAUACAACCAGGAUUCUGUGUGCAGGAACACCAUGGUGAGCGCUCCUCAGAGUUGCUGGCACCACUUCUGCUACAGAGAGGUGUCCCAGCCCCCGUCAGGACAACCUGAGGAUUAUCCAGAAACUGCUUCAUCCCCUCUGUCCAGACUCAGCAAGCACCACAUUGGUUCAGUCUUCGGUGAACCGCUUCCUCACAAGGGACUGUUGGCCAGAGUCCAAAGAAGCCAAGGGCUUGGCGUGGGAAUGGCUAGGCGAAAGUCACAAUCCAGCUGCCCUUCUAGAUUCCACCAGAUAUGUGGGCUCCAGAUGGGGCGUCAACUUUGGGGGCCCCUUGAGAGGGGGAUGCUGGGAAGGGGGGGAUGACCUCUCAGCCCCCACCCCCCUGACUCACACACACAUGCACAGGCACACACAGGAAUGAACAUGUGUACACACAAACACACGUGCUUUUUCUUCAGCUGUGUCCUGGGGCAGCCUGUGCUGGAACUUUGAUAUAAGUCUAUGUGUUGUGGGCAGAGGAGGCUAAACCUGAACAUGGACUCUGACUCCCAGCCCAAACAGAACUGCCUUCCAGAAGACUCUGAUAGGGAUAGUGGCUGUCUGCUCAGUUCACAUUCAUUGACCGGCUUAUGUUCAGAAAGCCCAGGGCCAUGGGGUGAUCUAAUGCUUAAAUGCCCCUGCUGAGACUCCCUGUGAUAUUCAUGAGUAUGAACUGACCAGGGGCUAGGGUCAUAAACUCCACGGCCCACGUUUUUCUUUGGCCCUGGAAACACACCUAGGACAGUGGUGAUGUGGCUUGGCAGUUAAUAGCUUCUGAGUGCCAAUGCACGGAGGCCAGUGCAGGGGACCAACAUCCCACUGCCAUUCCAGAGCCUUCCACUCUUCUGUCUUUGCACUGAAGAGUUUCUGCAGAGAGAUCCACAUCUCAGCAGGGUUAGCACUGGGCAAAACGUUGCCAGCCAUGACUGUCUAUGGUGUCCCUGACUGCUCCACUUAUCCAGAGAGACCUUGUCCCUGCCUCCCCUCUCAGAAUAUGCCUCCAGUUGCCCUGUUGACAGGACCCCUGAAGGAUUGGGUAUGCACUGAGGGGAGGGCACCCUAGACCCUAAGGAGUCCUCUGCAACACUGUUUUUCUUCCGAACUAAGCUCACAGACCCUUGGGUGCAAAGUUCUGCCCCAACCCCCCCGGGGGUGUGUCCAGCUUUCAGAGUCACCACGGUGUCACUAGGUGAUGGCUUACUCCCUAACCCACCUGGCAUUUAGAAAGAUGCCAGAUGGCCAGGCUGGCCAACCACAAAAGAGUUAUCCCCUUGUCAAACCAGUUGGGACCGUGUUACUCUUAGGAUACAGCCUAAGUGAGGUCAUUCAGUUCUCUGGAGCGUUAACGGUCAGUUGCUAACCCAGGAAGCAGAGUUAGAGGAAAGCUUAGAGCAGCCCUACAGGUAGGGCUGCUGCUCUCCUGGCACCGUCUGGAUGGAGUACACCUCUAUCCAGAGCAAAGACAACACCAUUACUGGGUAUUAUUAUUAUUAUUAUUAUUAUUAUUAUUAUUAUUAUUAUUAUUAUUAUUAUUUGAAUGUCCAGAGAGGUAUUCAGGGAAAAUGUAGUGGGGAUUUUAGCAUGGCCGUACACACGGUCUUCCCAAAAGGCUUACUGACUUUUGAAUGUGUACAUGGUAGAAGGAAAGAUGCAGAAAUCUUUCCCUGAACUUCCCUAGGGUGGAGAUAGGCACAUGUUCUGGGUAGAGGUCCCUGCCUGGCCAGGCCUGAGGGCUGUACUUCCUCUAACUAAAUCAGCAGCUGUACUUCAGGCUGCUGUGGUGGCCGAGCCUGACAGGCCUUCCCCAGCCAGGAAGAGUCCUGAGGAACUCCUCCCACAAAGGCCCAUGGCUUCCCUGCUGGCCUUGGUUCUAGGGCCCUUCUGACUGCCUGGGAACAGAAAUCCCAAACUCACCUACUCUCUGCUGCUAGUCAGCAGCCUUCGUUGUUCCCCAUCCCCUUGGCGCGCCCUGAGAUGGCCCUUCUCUUUACAUACGGAAGAAACCGGACAGAAUGUCCACAUUGCUUCCUUCAGGGAACAUUUGCAGAAGUCACUUGCUCAGAGUUAGGGGAGUGCCUCGCCUAAAAGGUCACAGCCUUCGGGGAUGGUUCUUACCCAGGCUCAGCAGCUUCCCCCGCUGUAGGGUGGUACUUCCGGUACUUCCGCUCUCCUGAAAGCCCGGACUCAGUCUUCAGGGAGCUGUAACCACACGUUUCCCCCACUUUGUUAGGACAACUGAAGUGACUCGAAUUGUUCCCAAAGUUGACAAUUUGACAUUAAUUACAGGGGGGAAUAAAACGCAAGCUAGACGGCUUAAAACAUCCCUUUCUGGAAAAAGCUGCGGUUUGCAAGCGAGUUCAUCCUGAGCCUGCGCAGUCCCCAUCUGAGCCCUGUAGACUUUGGGUUAGCAGGAAAGGAGAAAAUGAAAUGUGUCAGACCUUAGGUUUUUCUCUCAAAAGAGGCAUUGCUGAACCCCCAUCCCAGUCCACUCUCCUGACAGAAGAGCCCACCGCUAAUAAACUGGCUUUUCCAAAAUCCGGAUCACUUCAUUCCCCAGACCCCCUCGAAGCCCUGCCAGGUUUUUAAACUGCGAGCCUUUCCACCAGUAGAGAAACCAAACCACUCAAGGGUCAGUGUGAGGAGACGCUCCGAGUUUCUUUUUCUCCUGCUUAUGAACACGUCUUUGUACUUUUGGAAUGAGCAUCGUAGUGUGUUGCUUCGAUGAAUGGGAUCCCAGGUUCUCCCUGUGCACAGCCAGUGGGCAGAUGUCACCUUUGGUGACUUCUUCCUCCCUUGAGUUUGUUCCUCCCCAGCAGGUUGCUUUCUCCAGUUGCUUCCUGGUGUCUGUACAUAGUUCGUCUUUGUAUAGGAGUGAUUGUGGUGACCGUCGAUCCCGUGCCCUCCCGGGGUUCUAACUUAACAGACGACGGCUAUACGAGGAAGAUGCUGUACAUAGAAUAUAAAUUAAACUGGAUCUCUGUGGCCUAGGUUUUGUACAUACAGAAACUGCAUGGUGUUUAAAUUAUUGUUUCUCUCUGAUGAUGUAUGCAGUUUCUUUAAAAACAAACCAAACCAAAAAAAAAAAAAGUUUAAAAAAAAAAAAAAAAAA